UGAACGAACACUGCGCGUAAGCGAAGGCAGCGUCAUUGUGCUCCGCAAGCGUUACCUGACAGCGAGCAUCUGCCUUCACACACUCCUCAGUCGGGUUAUAGGUUUUACGCUAUUGUUGUUUUUCGCGUUUUGUUGUCAGUCGCAUAAUACCUGCCUGUUUUCUCGGGAGAGGGGGUGGGGGAAUGACAAUCCCCGACUCCCUGUGCCUGUUUCUCAAGCCGUAAGGCGCGCUAUAGCAGGAUGCUCUCUCUGCUGAGGGGAGUCGAGGGCCGACCCCCGGCCUCGGUUCUUCUCUGGGCAUUUUUCUGUGCGACCCUUAUCGACAUCAAUACAAGCGUACCAGUGGACAAAUGUCCUCGUACCCUGGACUGCACUCUGGAGGGACGUCACUUCUGCCAGCCAGGAUCCACCCACUGUGGCCCGUGCCUCGCCCCAUUGGAGGAAAACCACGAGGGAAAAUGCGUGAAGAAGAGGCAUGGCCAUUUUGGCGCAAUAAGCUCUCGCCCAGAGCUGGAUGAAGAGAUUGACUUCCUGUCCUCCAUCAUCUCUAAGCAACGGGGGUCAGAGGUCAAACAAUCAGAACCUCAAAAGGCCCGCAAAUCCAAGCAAGAUGCCCCCAAACGGAAGACUGUCGCCCAAGUUACGACUUCCCCGGUUACUGUGGAGCCUCCCAAGACAACCACCACACCAGCUCCCCCCCUCCAGGCCACAGCCUCGGGUCAGCCCGAGGCCCGGGUGGAUCCUGUGGCAGUCCCCGUCCCAAACCUGUCUAAGGACAGUCUUCUGGUCGUUAUGAUUGGUGUGUGUAUCGUCGUUGGAACAGUUUCCUUGAUCUUGGCCGGUGUUUGUUGGGUCAGAUUACAGAGGGAGAUGCACCUGGCCCAGAAGGUGGAGUACCCAGCAUUCAACGUGAUGGCGCCCCACUCCUUUGACAAUACAUUGCCAGGUGAUAAGAAGCUGGCUCACAGUGCCCAAAUGUAUCACUACCAGCAUCAGAAGCAGCAGAUGUUGUCCCUGGAGAAACACAGAGAUGAACCCAAGAUCCCCGACUCAGGAACCACAUCGGAUGAGGAGAACGAGGACGGAGAUUUCACCGUGUAUGAAUGCCCGGGACUGGCUCCGACUGGAGAGAUGGAGGUGAAGAAUCCUCUCUUUGACGAUUCCACUCUACACACCCAGAGGAACCACAAGUAACUUGCACAGAUCAGACACACCCACACACACGCACGCAUACACACACACACACACACACACACACACACACACACAUAUACACACACAGCCUUUUUCCAGUUCUUUCUGAGAUGGAAGCCCCUGUCCCACCAGCCUCUCCAGAUGGGUCUACAUGGACAUUAACAGAAAAGAUGAAUCAAUGAAGCUGUGGAAAGGAUAAGGGGGAGCGGACUGUGAACAGAAGUGCACGUGCUCAGAGACACUGGGUCACACCAGGGGUUACUUUUGAAGAUCUCUGUGGUUACCCUGCAUAAUUCCUUAAUGUGGGAAACUCACUGAGCCAUAGGCAGUACCACUAUCAACACUUUGCAUUUAUAUUCCUGUUUUAUUUUGAUUUUUUGUUGUUGCUGUUUAUGCUGCUGCUCGAGUGAGACUUUUUUGGCACCAGAGUUCUGGCAUAUAUUUUAUCUAACUAUCUUUCUCUCUCACUCUCUCUUUUUCUUUCAGUCAUCUGACAGUUUCUCAUGCAGAUGCGCAUCUACAUAUUUACACAUUCACUCUCUCUCACUCACGCACACUCACACACACACACAUUCACUCAGUCAGACAUUUACAUAUACUUUCUCUUUCUCACUGUGUAAUAUGAAUGUUUUCCCAACAACCACAAGACAAAAACAGGCCUUACUUGCUACCAAAGGGCAUGUUUCAUGUGCCCACUCACAACCUUGCAGAGUGUGCUGACGAACGGGGUGUGAACAGCCAUCACCUACACCCUGUGUUGUCAGAAUGUAUUCAGUUAGAUCUCUGUUGCUUUGCACACCUCUCCCCUGAGCCCUACAACAAAAAACAUAAACGUUGUUUCUUCCAAAAUAUACCAAGCUGUAUACUUGAGUGUAUGGAAGUAAGGGACAGGUUCAUUUUUACUUUCUUGAAUUUUCUUUUCACUUUCAAGGACCCUUUUGUGAAUCUGACCUACAUUUUGUUAGCCACACACCAUCCAUGUAAAACCUAGAAGCAGAAUUGUCCCCUUCUUGAAGUGUGAAGGGUCUGUUGUCAUUAUAUGGCCAAGUCCUCUGAAGUUCACCAGAGGAAAAUGAGGCCACAGUUAAUGUUACGUGCAUUCCAUACACCUCUUUUUUGUGGUUCUGUCUGCUGCAAUGAACGUCACAGCUCAUAAAUAGAGCCGUCUGCAUAACUUCUGUAUGUCCUUCUUACCAAAUAGUGCAGUUUGGCUAGUUGGUAUUUUGACAUAAAAUGUGAUGGGUUUUAAUAUUUUUCUUGUACUGUAUGUGCACACAAUAACCCAUUAAGAGAUAGUAUGUAAUAGGCAUUUAUUGUAUCAGUCAGUAAGGUUUCUAUGCAUGACUUUAUUAAGGUGUGUUAAGAAGAGGGAAAUAUAUAAAGAUUUUAUCAUAAUUAUUAAAUAUGGGGUCCGUGCUUCAAGUUUCAUACGGUGUGAAGGUUUAGAAAUCUUGAUCAGAUGUGCUACGUUUAAUUCUUACUUGAAUUACAUUUUGAAAGAAUUCCAAAAUACUCACAGAACUUGCAAAUACAAAGCUUUAUAUUGUGUAAAUGUCACAAAUUGUAUAUUGCUUGUUCCUGUCUAUCUGGACCCUUUAUUUAAUGUAAAUACAUCAUGAUAAUAUUUAGAGGAUGGAACAUGUCACCAAUCUAUGUGUUUGUACUGUACAUACUCCUCUGUCCUGUGUCUCUGGUUGAUGUUCCAGGUUAAUUAAACCAUGUUUAUUUUUUAUUUUUUUCAUUUUAUUUUAUUUUCUGUUUGUUUUGACUGAAGUCCUUUAAAAGAUGCAGACACUCACUGCUCUCUCAGGAACACUGCUGGUAGUAGUGCCUCUCUACUGUUCUCUCUGGUCAACUACUCACAUCUAUACAUAUCUUAUACAUAAUGAAAAACUGGAUUCAGCCAUGGGCACUUCAUGCAAACAUUGGUCUUUAGUUGGGAAAACUGGUCAUACCUUGCAAUGUGCCAAGUGGACAGCAAUAGGCACGGUUUUCAAAAACCCGCAGCAGACCAACCAAAAUUAACACUUGUUGUCCUCUUUGUAAGGAAUCAUUUUGCAGUUUGGUGGGUUUGGUUCAAAUUACAAUAACGUAUUUUGGCUCUGCUGAUUACUGUUUAAUUUUCUCAUUGACAUCUCUCUGAUAUUCUCCCAAAAAUUAAGGUCCAUUGUUGACCAUGAGAGGCAGAUUUGAAAAAACCCUAGAUCACAGUCAAGACAAUCUUACAGCUCUCCCAGAAGGGUCUCAAGAGAUCACCCUGAAUGAUGCUUCAAAUGCAUUCAUGAGGAGGUCUGCAGCCUUCCCUUUAUGUAAAUUAAAAACUGCAAUCCCAGUGUCACCAUGUUACACUUAACCUAACACUGAAAAGAGCUGGGGUUCUGCAGAUGUUAAAACCCAAUCACUGCUGGCCAACUUCCUUCAGAUCAGAAAACAUCCAAGUCACUAACUUUAUAUCCUUGGUUUUGACAGGGGAGGUCAGUCCACUCAGUUUGGAUCAACCCCAAACCUCUUUCCCAUCCCCUCUUCCUGUCCUUUGUACCUAUAAAGGUGUGAGUCAGGAGUGGAAGGGUAGAAACAUCAGCCAAAGGAAGUAGACUUAAAUAGACUUGAGGGCUAAUCAAACCUUUUCAUGUUUUUUUUAAAUCAAUCUAAUGAAUAAGUAGCUGUUGGUCUGGUCUGGUGAAGUCUGGGGAAUUAUGAAGAAAGUUCUAGAAGAGCAAAAUAUUUCUGAGGAUUGGAUGCACUUGAUUUUGGAUGGGGUGCAGAGGACCUUUGCAUAUCUGGAUAUAUAACUGCUUAUGGAGUAUUACAUUGUUUGCACAAUGUUGUCUGUGGUACUUAAGGGGGCAAGUGUGUGAAAUAUGUUGACCAGGCAUGUGGGGGAAAGACAGGUACCUCAGUUUAUCUGAAAACCUGCCUCAGCAACGCUGUUCUCAUGACUGUUCCAGUCCAAUCUGUUACCAUCGGCAGUCCUGUCCAUGAGGCUAGGAGAUUUAUUUUUUCAGUUAUUUUACUGUUGGGACUUGACCUGCAUGUUGACAUGGAAAGACAUUAUAAAGAAAGUAUAAAGAUGAAAAUGAAAUAAAUAUUUAUAUUAUCUUAAAAAUA